GCGGGCAUCGGGUCACCAGGCAUCAGGUCAUUUGGCUCGACAGCGGGCACCGCGUCAUCUGGCAAGGCAGUGGGCACCGAGUCACCAGGCACGACAGUGGGCUCUGAGUCAAUUGGCACAACAGCGGGCACCGGGUCGUCAGGUACCGGAUCAUCUGGCUCGACAGCAGGCACCGGUCAUCUGGCGCUGGAUCGUCUGGCUCGACAGGGCAUCGGGUCACCAGGCAUGACAGCGGGCACUGGGUCAUCAGGCAUUGGAUCGCCUGGCUCGACAGCGGGCAUCGGGUCACCAGGCAUGACAGCGGGCACUGGGUCAUCAGGCAUUGGAUCGUCUGGCUCGACAGCGGGCAUCGGGUCACCAGGCUGGAUCAGUUCAUCAGGCUGGGUACAGACAUCAGGCUGGGUAGAGACAUCAGGCUGAAUUGCGGGUGCUGAGGCACCAGGC